UACAAGCACUGAUACAAACUUUGCGCGCGAACCGAGUAAAAGCGUAUGGCGAAGAAGUUCUUUCUAAUAAUUUUUGAAUUUGUGAUUGAAAUAUUUUGUUAUUUGCAUUUAAAACUUGUGUGCAAAACUAUGGAAUAUUAGAGUAAUACUUAAUAAAUACUGAAAUUUUUGUUUUUGCAAUUCGCUUUUAAUUUAUCAAUCAUGGAUGAUCCUGCACAAGCAAGUAAUUCAGAUGAUGCUGUUGAUUCCAUUGCGUCAUCUCGAUCCCGACGUAACAAGCCUGAUAAACUGGGAAGAAAUGCUGCCUUUGCAAAGUUACGAGAUCUCAAGGGCUCCAAGCAUAAAUACCAGGUUUCUGAUGUUGCUCCAGUGUAUGAAGAGGUGGACGAGAAGGAGUACAGUCGGCGUCGCCAAGAUAAGAUGCAAAAUGACUGGAUUGUGGAUGAUGAUGGAAGUGGAUAUGUGGAGGAUGGACGAGAGAUAUUUGAUGAAGAAGAUGAUGGAGAUGACGACAUGUUCCUUUCAAAGAAGAGUUCUCGCAAGGAGAAAAGCAAGAAAGAAGAGAAGAUGCGUGGCAGCAUCAAGGACAUGCUCAUCAACAUGCCUGUGAAGAAGCGCAAAGCUGAGAGCGACGUAUCACUGGCUGAUGAUGAGCUUCUGGACGAUAUAUUGCAAGAAAUGACUCCAUCGUCUCUACCAAGACCGUGCCUUGCCAAGAAGCCUCGUCCAUCCACAUCUCCCAAUAAAUUUAAAUUUCCUAUAAAUCCGUUUGCUUCCAAAUCUGUCAGCUCUCCCGUGUCCAAAGCUUAUGAUUUUCCUGCAUCUGAAGCAAUAAAUAACUCUGCUUGUAGGCCUCAAUCUUCUGUCGGAUCGCGGCCUGUCAGUUCUCCCAACUCAGUAUCACUUAACGGCAUGGCCUUUAAAAAAGAUAUUAAGAACAAUCCUAAUCAUACCUCGAGCCCCGCAAUUCGCUCUAACGUAUUAGACACGACGCCUAAACGACCUCGGCCUGCGCUCAGAGAGAACGCUCCUAUCAGCCCUCCUAAAGCUAAGCGGAGCCUGGUACCUGAGCAUACGAAAGAAGAAACUGAAGAUGAUUUUGCUGAUGUGGACUUGUCGGCACUUGAUGAUGACAUGAAUGAGGAAGACUCCGUGGCAAACAAACCUGCCACUGCCACAACAGACGCCAACGCUGCCGUUGAGAAGCAAGAGUCUCUCCCCCACAACCGAGGGUUCUCAAACCGUGCAAGCGCCCAGCACAGCAGCGGCCUGGAGUCUCUGCAGUGGGAGAACGNUGUGCUGCGCAUGUACUGGUUGGACGCCUUCGAGGAGCCCUACCGCCAGGCAGGGACGGUCUUCCUGUUCGGGAAGGUGUGGCUGCCGCAGGGCAAACUGUAUGUAAGCUGCUGCUGUGUCGUGCGCAACAUCCAACGACGCGUCUACCUCCUGCCUCGACCUCAGAAAAAGGUUGAGGGCAGCGAGGAGGGCGAAGAUGUCACAAUGAAGGAUGUCUAUGACGAGUUCAACUGCAGCGUCGCCAAGAAGUUUGGCAUCAAGGAGUUCAGGAGCAGACCUGUCAAGAAGUCCUACGCGUUUGACAAGCUUGAUGUACCUAAUGAAGCAGAGUACCUCGAAGUGCGAUACUCGUGUGGUCCUGUUGCAGUGAUAGCCAAGCCUGGUGACGCCGUGUGGCCCUGGGACCACAAGACGCACUUGGCGCAGUACAAGCACACGAAGGUCUUAAAGAUGGAGUCGGAACGCGCCUUGCUCAUGUUGCUGCUGUCAAGGAUGCAGGUGCUGGACCCAGACGUGAUCGUGGGGCACGACGUGCUGGGCUACGACCUGGGCGUCCUGCUGCACCGCCUCCAGGCCAACAAGAUCCCCAACUGGUCCAGGAUAGGCAGGCUCAGGAGGACUGUCAUGCCAAAACUGAACAGUCGCGGAAGUUACGGCGAGCGCAGCGCUCUGAGCGGUCGUAAGAUGUUUGACUCGAACGAGUCGUUGCUUCAGCUCAUUUCUGUGUCCAUGCAACACUGCCUCUACGUGUUGCGCCUGAUGUGCGAGCUCAGCGUGCUGCCUCUUGCUCUUCAGAUCACAAAUAUUGCCGGUAACGUUAUGUCGCGCACGUUGCUGGGCGGCCGGUCUGAGCGCAACGAAUUUCUGCUGCUGCAUGCCUUCACAGAGCGCAACUAUAUCCCUCCUGACAAGGAGCUGAGAGCCAAGGUUCCUGUGAUCCACAAAGAAAGUGACGAUGUGGAUGAAAUGGCCGCUCCAGUGAGCAACACCAAGAAAGCUACGUACGCUGGUGGUCUGGUGCUGGAGCCGAAGAAAGGAUUCUACGACAAAUACAUCCUACUGAUGGACUUCAACUCCUUGUAUCCUAGCAUCAUACAGGAGUACAACAUCUGCUUCACUACCAUCGACAGGCAGAAGUUGUCGGAGACUCAGACUGAUACGACAUACGGCAGAAGGCGCUGAAGCUCACGGCCAACAGCAUGUACGGCUGCCUGGGCUUCGUAGGCUCCCGCUUCCACGCUGCGCAUCUCGCCGCUAUGGUCACAGGCAAGGGGCGGGAGAUCUUGCUCCACACACGAGACCUCGUACAGAAGCUGAACUUUGACGUCAUAUAUGGAGAUACAGACUCCAUCAUGAUCAAUACUAACUCUACAGACUAUGACCAGGUCUUCAAACUAGGCAACAAGACUAUGACCAGGUCUUCAAACUCGGUAACAAGGUACGUUACAGACUCCAUCAUGAUCAAUACUAACUCUACAGACUAUGACCAGGUCUUCAAACUCGGCAACAAGGAGCUUAAGGGCCUCGACAUCGUCAGGAGGGACUGGUCCCAGCUCGCCUCUAACGCUGGCAAACACAUCGUGGAGCAGAUCUUAUCGGACCAGUCAGCGGACGAUCGCCUCAACAACAUCCACACUCACUUAGAGGAGCUAGCGGCCCGUCUCAACAACGGAGAGGUUGACCUGGAGGAGCUUGUGAUCACGAAGCAGCUGACGAAGAGGCCUGAGGACUACCCUGACAAGGCCUCCCUGCCUCACGUGCAGGUCGCCCUCCGCCACAACGCCUCCUCUGGCAGGCAGUUCAGGCAGGGCGACACCGUGCCUUAUGUUAUUUGCAAGGACGGUACGAACAACUCGAGUGGUCAGCGCGCCUACCAUCCCGACGAGCUGAAGAAGAACCCUGAGCUGAGCCUGGACACGAACUACUACCUCGCACACCAACUACAUCCUGUCAUAGCCCGCCUCUGUGAUCCUAUUGAAGGAACCCAUGCUGCUAGGAUCGCUGAGUGUCUGGGACUUGACCCGUCGGGGUACCGCUCAGCGCGUCAGUACAACCACGACGAUGAGGACGACAUCACGGGCGCGGGCCUGGACAUGUCGCCCGAGGAGCGCUACAGGACCUGCACGCGCUUCACCUACACGUGCCCUGCUCCUGAGUGCCACACCUCCGUGUCUGUUGACGGGCCUUUUGUACGGGGAGCGAGUGGCAAGCAAGAACCCUUCCUGCUGAGCUGCCCCAACCCCAAAUGUUCCUUGCCGCCCCAUGCCAACCUCACGCCUCUCAUCAACUGCCUCACGCAGCAGCUGCAUAAACACAUCAAGACCUACUAUGACGGCUGGCUGGUGUGCGAGGAUCCUGGCUGCAGUAACCGCUGCCGCAGGAUACCCUUACGCUUCGUCAGAGGCUUCCCGGUGUGCAACGUCUGCUGUAAAGCCGUCCUUAUACGCGAGUACACGGAAUCUCAGCUGUACAAGCAGCUCUGCUUCUACGACUACAUCUUCGACUUCCAAAAGGCGUGCGUCAUGAACAAAGAUGACCACAUUCGCAACGACAGCUUGAGGAAAGCGUACAUGGUUCUCCGUAACGAGGUUCUCAGAGUUCUCAGCCUGAGUGCCUACUCUCAAGUGGACCUCGACGGACUCUUCGCUAACCUCUUCAUGAAGACAAAGUGAAAUGUAAAAUUUGUGGAUCAAUUACAUCAAAUUUAUGGAUGAAUUGCGGCGAAUUUAUUUGGAAUUGCGUAAAAUUUAUGGAUAAAUUACGUCAAAUCUUUAUAUGAAUUGCGGCAAAUUUUUGGAUGAAUUGUGGCAAAUUUAUGGAUGAAUGGCGGCAAAUUUUUGGAUGAAUUGUGGCAAAUUUAUGGAUGAAUGGCGACGAAUUUAUGGAUGAAUUACGUCAAAUUUAUGGAUGAAUGGCGUCAAAUUUAUGGAUCGAUUGCAACGAAUUUAUGUAUGAAUUACAUCUAAUUUUAUAGCGAAUGUGUUGAUGUAGACUGGGGCUUGCUGACCAAUUCUCAAGAAUGUUAAUGUAGAUUGUUGUGCUUAACUACCUUUACUAUUUGCUGCUUCCAAAUAAAGUGAGAUUGUAUUUGAUUAAUCAGCUGAAUUGAAAGCAUAAUUUCAAGUUGCCGUCGAAUAUUGAACGAUAUUUGAUAUAAAUAUUAUAGAAAACAUUUUCGUACUUACACAAAAUAUGAGAAUGGUAAAGCGAGUUGGGGGAAUAUUUUUCUGGACAAUUUAGUGAAAUGGAUGAAUAUUCGAAUAAACGAAAUGGAGGAAUAUUCUAUUUACUCGUUUGCUGUACAUAAUAACAUAGCAUAAAGUUAUCCUCCGUGACUUGGAUGGACUGCUCAAAAGUUAACGGUUAGAAAAACUAAUGUGAAUAUGAAUUCUCCCGUGUAUUCAAACGGGUAUUGUGGGAAAUACAUGUGCUUAAAUAAAUCUGUAGCAAUAAUUCCUAGAUUUUAUUGCCACAUUUUUAAAUAUGUUACUUAAUAAUUGAUUUGUAAUUGGUUUGGUUUGAUAUAAUCGCUUUGACGGCUGGGUUGAUUUAGUUGACUGCGUUGCCGCUGUCGUGGUGAAAUGUACGUAGAUAUUCAGUGACUUUUAUCCCUAGCUUUUGAGUUAUGUUUCUUUAUUUGACUUAUUGGAACUGGCGUGUUCCCAUCGUAGAUAUUCAGUGACUUUUAUCCCUAGCUUUUGAGUUGUGUUUCUUUAUUUGACUUAUUGGAACUGGCGUGUUCCCAUCGUAGAUAUUCAGUGACUUUUAUCCCUAGCUUUUGAGUUAUGUUUCUUUAUUUGACUUAUUGGAACUGGCGUGUUCCCAUCGUAGAUAUUCAGUGACUUUUAUCCCUAGCUUUUGAGUUGUGUUUCUUUAUUUGACUUAUUGGAACUGGCGUGUUCCCAUCGUAGAUAUUCAGUGACUUUUAUCCCUAGCUUUUGAGUUAUGUUUCUUUAUUUGACUUAGUGGAACUGCCGUGUUCCCAUCGUAG